CAAAUAUCUUAACUAUCUUCAAAGGUUUAUUAUGCAAAAAGGACAUAGUAAAUUAAUAACCACACAAAUAGAAAAAAGAAAGAUUCAGAGUUGUGGAUAUAGCAGACUGCUGAUGAGUGAAGAAAAAGGUUCAAUGGCAUUAUUCCGUAUAUAAAUCAUAUAUCAUAAAGCUUCGUCCAAAUCCAAAGCCAAAAUACCGACGAAGAUGAUGGGGCCAGACAGCACAGGUCAACCAGGUCAAGGGGAUCAGGCCAAAGAAGCUCAAUUCCACCACCCUCUCUCCGCCGCAGAUCAGAUGCAAACCCUAACCCUCGGCGGUGUCAACGACGGAAACGACGACGUCUCGGUCUCCAAGUCCUACUCCAACUACCGCAGCGCCAUGACCACCAUUUCCACCUCCUCCUCCUUCGCCGCCGCCGAGCACCCACUUCUUCCGCCUCCGUCCAUCGCCGCCACUCCCGUCGCCUCCGAUCCGCUUCUCUUCCCCGCUCGCAGCCCGUCCCUCGAUUCCCCCUCCUACGCUGACGUCAUCCACAGCCCGUUCCACGACGGGGCCCCCGAGUCCAAUGGCAACGGGAUCGCCUUCUCCGAUGAAGUUACCGUCUCGCCCAGGGGAUCCUCGCCGUCCGGCCCCGAUCAAUUGAAGAUCACGGUCUCGAAUCCCCAGAAGGAGACCGAGUCGUCCAACUCGAUUGUCCCCGGCGGCAACACCUACAUCACUUAUCUGAUCAGUACGAGCACCGAUCUUCCAGAUUAUGGGGGAUCUGAUUUCAGCGUACGGCGGCGAUUCAAGGAUGUUGUUACUCUGUCGGAUCGGCUGAGUGAAGGCUACAGGGGGUUUUUCAUCCCUCCUCGGCCGGACAAGAGCGUGGUCGAAAGCCAGGUCAUGCAGAAGCAGGACUUUGUGGAGCAGAGGAGAGUGGAGCUGGAGAAGUACCUGAGGAGGCUCGCGAGGCAUCCUAUGAUCAGGAAAAGUGACGAGCUAAGGGUGUUUCUGACUGUUCAGGGGAGAAUGCCACUGCCCACGAGCAUUGAUGUGGCGUCGAGGAUGCUUGAUGGAGCCGUGAGGCUGCCAAAGCAGCUUCUGGGGGAGUCGAGGAGUGUGAUCGAGCCUCAGGAUGUGGUGCACUCGGCCAAAGGCGGGAGGGACAUGCUGAGGUUCUUUAAGGAAUUGAAGCAGUCUGUUGUCAAUGACUGGGGUAGUUCAAGGCCUCCUGUAGAGGAGGAGGAUAAGGAGUUCCUGGAGAAGAAGGAGAAGUUGUGGGACCUUGAGCAGCAUCUUACUAAUGCAUCUAAGCAGGCAGAAUCACUGGUUAAAGCACAGCAAGAUGUGGGGGAGGUAAUGGGAGAAUUGGGGUUGGCUUUCAUUAAGUUAACAAAAUUCGAGAAUGAGCAGGCAGCAUUAAAUACUCAAAGAGCGAGAGCUGCUGACAUGAAGACUCUGGCUACUGCAGCCGUCAAAACAAGUAGACUAUAUCGAGAAUUAAACGCACAUACGGUGAAACAUUUGGACACGCUGCACGAAUAUAUGGGGAUGAUGUUAGCUGUACACAGUGCAUUUUCUGAUCGAUCUAGUGCCUUAUUGACAGUUCAAACUCUUAUAUCUGAAUUGUCUUCCUUGCAUUCAAGAGCUGAGAAACUUGAUUCUGCAUCAUCCAAAAUCUUUGGUGGUGAUAAGUCAAGGAUCCGCAAAUAUGAAGAGCUAAAAGAUGCGAUUAGGGUCACGGAAGAUGCUAAAAGUUGUGCGAUUAAAGAAUAUGAAAGGAUUAAGGUACUUGGGAAGCUGCUGGCUGGGAUUGGUCACGAGUGUAAGCCAUGUAUCAACGAAAAUAACAAGAGUGAGAUCCAGCGGUUAGAUACAGAAAGGCAGGCUGACUUUGUUAACAUGUUAAAAGGAUUCGUUGUCAAUCAGGUUGAAUAUAGUGAGAAAAUUGCAAGCGAGUGGUCUAAAGUAGUAGAGGAGACCAGCAAAUAUGCGGAACAGAGCUUGUAAAAGACGGCUGUGUAGAGUAUGCGAUUUUGUACCUUCUCUAUUUUUCUUUUUCUUGUAAUGCUUAACAAUGAAUUUGGCCUAGCAAAAAGGAGUAUUUAUUGGCUCGUAAUAAUCCUUGGGAUGAAAUAAAAAUCUGAGUUUUAAGUUCUUUAUCAGACCCCGUGUUUGGUUGUGCUAGCCUGCUAGGUGUUUUUUCUUUUCUUAAAAUUUCAGUCAAU